AUGGAGCGAUUCACCGAUAUUAUCACCCGAUUCGAUAAAUCGGAGAUAUUCAAUUACUUAACGACAGUCAAUUCCCAACUAUUACAAGAAGAUGCCGACUACGAAAUAUAUCUUGGUCAAUUGCAACAACUAAUCACGAAAAUAACCUCAGAGACAACAUCCAAACCGAAAAAGAAAGAUCUGGUAGAUGAUUCUGAAGCCAGACUGCACACAUCGUUGAAUUUGUAUCGAUCAGUGUCCAAGAAUCUUGUUCUUGUGUUACAAAAGCUCACAACUAAGGUGUACGACGUCGCCAAUGCAUUGUUGAAUAACCUUCAGUUGGAAGGUGCUGAGUUGAGUCUCGGCACUGACGUGUCUAUUCUUGUUCUCAUUGACUUGUUCGAAUCGUUUCCCAACCAACUUGGAGCAUUAAUAAACUUCUCUGUCAGCCAAGUCCAUAAGAUCUUAAAGAAGAAUCCAAAUAUCAGUAGUAAUUUAGUCUUUUUGUUGAAUUCAAUUACCAAGAAUGCCACUCGGUUGGACAUUGACGAAAAGAUGCAGGGUAGAUUAAUGAAGAUUGUCACCAAGGCAAUCACACUGGAGACUAUCUCAUACGAGUUGUACGAGCUGGAAGACAAUGAUGGCACAUCUACGGUAUUACUUAAGAAGAAUUACAUAUUGUGUUGCAAGAAUUUGCUAUUGUUGGCGAUUUCUACUAGUUACGAAGGUUUGUUAGCAGUGUCUACCUCGAGCUCGUCUGCUGGUGCAAAGAUGAAACCGGAAGUUAUCAUGUCUAACCAACACCAAUUUCAAACUAAUUUGUUAAGUUCCAAUGAAAAAUAUUUCACAUAUGGAUUGUCAAACUAUUCCAAAGAAGUUCGAAUUGCAAUGGUGGAAUUAUUAUCCAAUGUUAUGAUGAAUUUAGUUCCUACGGGAAAGUUUACUCCUAUUGAAUAUUUAAUCACGUUAUAUCCAUUACCUUCUUACAACCUUUGGAACGACUCUCUCACCGCACAAAUAGACGACGAAGAAAUAGCAGAAGAGCCAGAUAGUGAAUCUGCAAUUGCAUCAGCACUAGAAACAACCUUGACCCAAUCCAGUGUGAUUGAAGCCAUUAUAUUUUAUUUGCAACUCGAGCAAUUCCAAAAUCCAGAAUUCUUAUCCCAGAAUUUAUUAACUAUUUUAGAUUUGAUCUUGAGCAAAUUCGGAGAUGUUGAGCACAACCAUAUUCAGAACCAACCAUGGGUCAAAACUUUGAAACAUUGGUCUACUUUGAUUGAAUAUUUGGUUCAGGAAACUGGGUUGAAUUGUCAUGAAAUGUUGACAAGGUAUGUGUAUGGAAAGUUUUCUCCUGAUUCAGAAGAUGUACCAAAAAAGAGCACGACAAAGGAACGCAAAAGGGAAUCUCGAUUAUUCACAUUCAAAUCAAAGAGCUCGAAAUCCAAGAGAGACCUUAGUGAUCAAGAAGCAAAGCCAUACCACAAUUCUUACCAGACCUAUUGGUUAUUAUUCAUUAUUGAAAUGUUACUUCCUUACGGAGUAAACUUUGACGCAAUUGUUCAAAAUAAGGAAAAAACGGAAGACCCCGAGGAACCUAAAGAUGAGGAUGAUUUAGAUUUAGAAAAACCUCAUGAAGAAACCGCUUCAUUUGUAAGAGACAUCUUAUUCAGACUUAUUGUUAAUGAUAACUAUUAUAUUAGAAAUUAUGCAUUGCAGUCAUUGUUGGUGUAUGCUCAUAAUAAUGAAGUGGAGAUUAACCAACUUAUAUUAUAUGCAUUUAGACUAGUAGAUCAAGAAUACCAUCAUGUGGAAACUAAUGCUACUACUGGACCAAGCGCCGACAAUAUUUGUGGCAUUUCAUCGGUGAAAUUGUUAAGCUAUUCCCUUGCCUUGCUGUCGCUUAUCAAACAGACUAAUUCUAACUUGUUGCAAAAUUCAACCAUUGUCAAGGUAUUGAGUUUCUGUACUCAGAACUUAAAGCAUAAUAUUAAUCCAAAUAAAAACACUUCUUGUUGGGUAAUUUUAUCGUCGUUGGUUACAUUAUACAACAGUUCAGAAUACGUCAGAUUGAAUUCGUCGCAAUUGUUGGUAUUCUGGAAGAGUUUAUUGACUUCACAGUACAUGUCCAAUGCUGCUGAUGUCAAUGCCCAAACACAAGAAAUCCUCGUUAAUUUAAAACUAAGAAACUUCAGUUUGAUUUGUUUAUUGAAUUAUUUGAACUCAGUGGAGCUCACCCCAGAAUCACUCAAACAGAUUCAAUUCUUGCUUACUAAAUCAUAUAAUUAUUUGUCUUAUCUUGAAAGUACAGUUCCUGCCAUUGGAUCAAUCACAUCAUUCAAUACAUUUAACGAGUAUGAAUACAAUGUCAACAUGUUGAACAAUUUGUUAUAUACCAACUACUCAUUCAAUAACAAGUUAUCUCAAGAUAAGAUAUUGACUAGUCUUAUAUUAUACUGCAAGAAACUUUUACUUGAAAGUUUUGCCAGGUUGGCGACAUUACUCAAGAACGAUAUCAAUUCGAACAUGAUUAUUUUCUUGAUUAAGGUAUUUUCCGAUGGGAAGUUGUUUGCUAGAAUUCAGAGUGACCCCGACAAGGGCAAGUCCAAGAGUAAGCCUGUCCGAGUGUCUGAUUACUACAAAGAGAGUAUUGUUUUGAAUGACGAGGACAAAUAUUGCUAUGGUGUUACUAGCAAGUACCAAGGUACCAAUAUCGACGAGUUGUUAAUCAAGUUUCCAUUGGAGGCUGCCGAGAAGGACGUUCAGUGGAUAAGAAGUACAUUUACGAAUACGGUAACUGCAGCACCUAAAACCAGCAUUGAAAACGAAGACGUAGAAACUAUUGGUGCCUGGUUUGAUUAUUUUGAAAAGUUGUCAUUUAAAUCCGUUGUCAAUUCUAUCAAUUAUGACCCAACCAUCUUGUUGACUCAAGAUUACUCGACUCAUCACAGGUAUGCAACCAAUUUAAUUACCUCAUUAAUUGAUAUAAGUAUUGAAUUAUUUCAAUUGGUGUUUCCUUACUUAUCCUCCAAAAUCCAAUUUUCCUUACUUGAACAAAUUAGAAAUUCCCUAACUGCCAAGCCAAUUGAUCCCUUAAGGUCUAGUGCAAUUAGGGUGAAUACUGCCAUUGCUUUACAUGGUGUGCUUUCCAAUAUGAAGAAGAAGAAACUUACCAGUGAUGAAAGUAUUAUUCUUGUCAUUAUUGAUAUCAUCAAGAAGCUUAACUUAAAGGAUGAAAGUAUAAUUAAAAUCAAUGCUGAUACCAUUGGAUUGGCAAGUCAGUUCCUUAAUGUCAAUGGAGUAGCAGGACAAAUCAGUGGGUUUAUUAAUGAUAUAGUGACCGAUUCAAAUCCAUACAAUCGUGGAUUCUCGAUCUUGUCACUUUGCUCGAUAUAUGAAGGGACCAAGAUUGGGUUUGGCGAUAUUUAUAGUAUUUCCAUCCAGUUGAUGAAUGACCCAAAUCCGAUAAUUGCUCAUUUUACGUUGGUUGGAGUGGUUAAAUUGUUUGAAUCAAAUUUGGAGAAUAAUUUAUUGAUUCCGACUGUGUUGAACAAGUUGUAUUCUAAUUAUUUGAAUGACGGGUUUGGUUAUGAUAUCGAGACUAAUGUUCUUGUUAAUUUAAAGACCAAGUUUGGAUCAGUGGGACCAAUGUCAAAGCUUUUACAAUUGUUUGUCACGUCUUUAGGACCAGCCAUUCGUGAUUCCAACGAGACUGAACGCAAUAAAUUAAAGUCAUUGAUUAUUGCAUUAAGCCAAGGAAUAGGAUUGGCUACUUUGGACGAAUAUUGCCAUGUGUACAAGAACUUGCUUCGUUUAUUCCAGGAGUUGAUCAUCUUUGAUCCUAAUUUGCUCGAAGGUGAAAUUACGUUCUUUACUGAAUUGCUUAAUUUGAUCAUUUCCAAGAACUUGAAGAUUAGUUUGGCAAGCGUAUCUCCAACUUCGCUCAAUGUUGAUGCGAUAUUCCCUUUCAACACCAGUUUUGAUUUGUAUUGUGCUGCUUACGAAUGCUAUUACGAAUUACUCAAGAUAUUCGGGGUGGAUAUCCUUACCAAAGAGACUAUUAAUUUGCUUUGGGUGUCGAUGAACGUUCGUCCUUGUGAUCAAUUGAAGCAGUUUAUCAAAUUAUGGCUUGAGACCAGUUUGGAUAAGAAUUGGUUUACCAUUCUUAACUCGUUGUUCAGGUUAAGUUCUAAGAAGUUGAUGGGUGGGUUUUUGGAAUCGAAUUACCAACAUAAGUUGUUACCAUUGCUGCAAAGACAAAAAAAGAACACAAGUGCCAGUGUCAAUUUCAAGGAUGAAGAAAUUGAGAAUAUCGUAAGGGAUAGUUCCGAGGAGGAUGACAAGAACGAACCGAUUAGCUGGGAGUUUAAGUUGUACAUUUACGAAUUGCUUAAUCAUUUGCUUAGACUUGCUAAUAAGAACUCACAGUUGAUUGAUAAAUUGAAGCCAAAGAUUCAGGAGAUUGUCAAGUUGUCAUUCAUUGGAUCGACCAGUUCAAUUACCCAACUUAAAAUCCAUGGGAUUGAAUUGUUGGAUCGCGCGUUAAAGUUGUUUGGUGAUUUGCCGGAUCCAUUAUAUCCUGGUGUUUCUAUCUUAGAGCAACAACAAGCUCAGAUUAUCAGUGCAUUGAUACCUUGUUUUACCCCAGGAAAUGAUUAUAAGGUCAUUGUAGAUGCAAUCAAUGUUUCUUCCAAAUUUAUUAAUCUUCCUAGGAUAAACUUUUAUUCAAAACAGAGAAUUUUAAAGACGUUAAUUUAUUUGCUUGAGGAGAUCAGUUCCAAUAAGUUCUUGAGGUUUGGAUUCUUGGAAACUAUGUCUGAAUUCGGGCGAAAGUCUAUCCAAUUGUCAAUCUUGAAUUGUUGGGCUGUGUUACGGAUCGACGCAUAUGAAGACAAUGAAAUUGAACCUGAGUUUUUGGACACACUCGACAAAUACUCGUCAUUGUUGACCUCACUUUGGAUCUUGGUAUUGCGUGAAUUCUCGGUGUUGAAGUAUAGUGAUUCUUCCAAUAAGCAAUUGGAAAUAUAUGGAGAUUAUUGGAUCAACUUUAUCAGUGUGUUAAGUUUGGAAUUAGAGAAUAAUAGUAAUUUCAUCGAGAAGUACUUGGGUGGAAAUGAUGCUACUAAUUUCUUCUUUAUCUUGUUCAGUCAGUGUGUUGAAUCAUUGAUUAGGAACAAGAAUGUGGCUGAGAUUUUAGUGUCGUUGAACCGAUUGGUCAAGAUCAAAGAAUUGGUUGAUUUGUUGUUCAAUGAUGAGAUAUUUGGCGAAGUGAUUGAUUUAUUUGAUAGAUUGAUGUUGAUUGACGAAGAUACGGAGAUUCAGUGUGAUUUGGUGGAUAUUAUCAGCACGAUAUUCCAGACAUUUAUCAAGAGCCACGAUGAGAUAGAAUCUGGGUUUGAUAAGUUGUUUGAGUUGAUUAGGGUUGAGAUGUUGCCGUUGUUUAGAGUCUUGCCAUUUUUGAGGUAUGAUUACGAUCCAACUAAUAAAUCGAAUCAGUUGUUGUUGAAGCAUGCUGAUAGUGCUCCUAAUUUGUUGGUGUUGAAAAAGACAUUGGAGACCUUGAUCGAGAUGGUUGGUUCUUUGCCUGACGUGGUGAAGGCUGACUUGUAUGGAGUGUUGCUCUACAUAUUUGCCAAGAUAUACGAAAGCAAAAACAGUCUUUUGAUUUCGAUCAUCAUACCCCAUUUGAAGAAUGUUGUGGUUGAAUCCAAGAAGGUCGGAUGUGAUUUGAUUAGCACGUUUGAUAAGACCAUCAAGAACUAUUUUGAUAUAGACGAGAAUAACAACUAUUCCGUGAUUACGGUGUUGAUACUAAUUACCAACGGUGAUGUUAAAUUGACCCCGUCAGAAUCGGAGAAGUUGAGUAAUGCUUUGUUGCAGUUGUUGGAAUCUGCUGAUACUGCUCCUACUGCUAUCAGAUGCAUAAAGUCAUUGAUCCAAUACAGUGUCAACCAGAAGGAAGAUGUUUUGACUAUCAAGUACUUGAUUACGGAGUUGCUUAAACACGUCAGCAACAAAGAAAAGAACAUUGACGUCAAGGUUGCCUUUGAAAUAUUGAUGUUGUUUACGAGAUUACUAGAUGAAGCUAAGAAAACCGCGUUAUACACGAUAUUAAUCCCAUUAUUGUUGAAGUAUAAUGAACAAGAUGUGAUUCCAAGAGUAUACCUCCAUGAAAAGUUGAUCUUUUUAGUGCAACAAAGUCCAGCCAGUUUCAAGCAAGUGAUCAACACAUUGAGUGAUACCCAGAAACAAUUGACUGAAGAGUUGGUCAAGUUGACUCCUGAGCAUAAAUCUGCUGAUCCAUUUGAAGAAGGUGAAGAAAUUCAAUUAAAGACGUUUGGUGUAUAG